AUGUCCACUCGUCUGGUUUUCCGCCGUCACAAUCAUUACAACACCGCUUCCAAUCGAGUGAGGCGCGUCAAGACCCCAGGCGCGAAGGUCGUAUACCUCAAUGUACGCAAGCAGGCUUCUCGCCAAAAGUGUGGGGGAUGCGGGAGGCUCCUUCCUGGGAUACCGGCCCGUCGCCCUCCCCAAUUUAGGCUUUUGAAGAAGCGUGAAAGAACUGUCAACCGCGCCUAUGGUGGCACGCGUUGCCACUCCUGCGUGCGCGAGAAGGUUCUUCGCGCCUUCCUUGUUGAGGAGCAAAAAUGCGUGAAGCAAGUCUUGCAAGUCAAAGAGAGGCAGAAAAGGGACGAGGUGAAAACUGAAAACAAAAAGAGCAAGAAAAGGUCGAAGUAA